CUGCAGUCUAUGGUGGAUCUGCUGGAGGGAACGCUCUACAGCAUGGACCUGAUGAAGGUGCACUCCUACAUCAGCAAGGUGGUGGCCCAGAUGAACACGCUGGAGGAGACCAUCAAGACCAACCUGAGCAGGGAGAACGACUUCAUGAAGGAGAGCGUCCUGCACCUCACCGACCAGAUGAGACGCUACGAGAACUACUCCGACAUCAUGAUCAGCAUCAAGAAGGAGAUCUCCAACCUGGGCUACCAGCUGCUGCAGAAGGACGCUGCCGCUGUCCCCGAGAGCAAGGCACAG